AGCGUGGUAGGAGGUGGUGCCAAGUUUUGAGACGAUGCGGGAUGAGGCUGAUUUCCCCCGGUUGCUGUCCGACGGUUCCCCCUGUCUGCAGGUCAGAAUGGCGAGUGCCAAGUACACUUCUGCUAUGGUAAAGCGGCAUUGCAACGUGGAUGGGGUCACAGGGAAAGAUCCAAGCAAGGGUGGCAAAUGGUGGGUCUGCAAGUACUGCGAUUUGAAAUUCUCGGGCAGCCUAAACCGUGUCAAGGAACAUUACUCAAAGGGAACCUGUGCGGCGGAGCAGAGCAAGAAGGUUUUCACAGAUGAAGAAAAAGAAGCAAGGAAGCAGGGGUUGAGACAGGCUCUGGUUGACGUGGCGAUGGCGAAUGGCGACAACAGUCUUCCUAGUGGAUCUAGUUUCGCUACUGCACCAACGGCUGUGGAGAAUGUGGGUAGGGGCAUGGGAAAAGGGGGUGCAGCAUCCGACACGCGACGAUCCGCUUCAUCUGUGCGGCAAAUGGUGCUGGAGGAGACAGACAGCAUCAUAACGAAGAACGAGAUGACGUCAAGGAAGGUCGACAACUGGCUGACCUGCACGAACCAACCUUUCAAUAUGGUCGAGAAUGAAUUUUACCUUGACAUGGUAAAUGCUAUACGGAAUGCCCAUCCCUCAUGGCGGAUGCACAGCAGGGAGGCCGCAAGGAAUGGUAGACUGGAUGGCCAGAACAAGAGGUGCAUCGAGGAUGUGCGGAUGAUUGCAAAGAAGUGGGAGAGAACAGGGUGUAUGGUGCAGAUGGAUGGGUGGUCCGACAGGCGAGGGAGACCGCACAUCAAUGUGAUGGUCUCCUCCCCUGUAGGGACCGUCUUUUGGAGGUCCGUUUGUGUAGAAGGGAAGGAGAAGGACUCCAUAGUGUACUACAACAUCCUGGAUGCUGCGAUCCAGGACAUUGGACCCAAGUGUGUGGUCGGGGUGAUCAUGGGCAAUACUAGAGUUUGUGUCAAGGCGGGGAAGCUUGUUGAAAAGAAGUACCCUUGGAUCUUCAGGGUCGGUUGCACAGCGCAUGCCCUCGACCUUGCAUUGGAGGACUUCGACAAGUGCAUUGGAUGGUUUUCCAGGACAGUCAAGAGAGCGAACGAGUUGGGGAAGUUCAUCAUGAACCACGACAAGGUUCGUGCAUUCUUCCUUGAACGUUCUGGCGGGGCACAAAUAAAGAGGCCAGGAGUGACAAGAUUCGCAACGAAUAUCAUCAUGCUGCAGUCCCUUCGGGACGGAAAGAAUGCCCUCAAACUUGCCGCAGGUGCGAAGGGUUGGGUGUCUAGCAUGAUGCGGACUGAUCAGCGGUCCAACUUUGAGGAAGCCACGGCCACUAUCCUUGACGAGAGUUUUUGGGACGAUGUUGAGAAGUCCAUCAAAGCCACUGAGGCUAUUGUGAAGUUAUUGAGGAUGGUGGACAGUCCAGGGGCCACCAUCAGCAAGGUUUAUCAUCAUAUGGACGUCGUGGUGGAGGGGAUCAGGACGUUGGAAGUCCUUACGGACUUUGAGAAAGCGGAAGUGGAAUCGAUCCUCAUGGAUCGAUGGGCAUUCAUGACGUCGGAGCUGCAUUGUGCAGCAGCGUUUUUGGAUCCGGAGUUCCGUGCAUAGAGGAGGACGAAGUUGCUGCCGGGCCGUCUCGCCAAGCUUGUGUACAAUAAUUGGAAUCUCCACCUGCAGUGGAGGCAAGAGAAGGGGGCUGGCGAAGACGAUGUCCACAUCCCGUGGAUGGAGGACUUACCGGAUGCAGAGAACAAGGCGGAGGCAGAGCGCUAUUAUAACGAGUGGGUGCAAAAAGCAAAGGCGAGCACCGAGGAUAUGGCGGCUGGCACAGUGGAUAAUAGCGCUGUCAUUGCAGAGCUGGACGAUAAAGGUGAUCUGCCUUUGGCAAGGAGAUGGGUGCGCAAUGACCGACUUGACGACAUGAUGGACAAAGAGGAUGACAUCGCUCAUAUUGAGAACUAUACGAACGAGUGGCAGUUCUGCACUGCACCGGGGAGGCAUAGAGAGCGCUUGUUGAGGAGGAGAUCAGGGCACGAGCGACCAGACCCCUUAGUGGAGUACAACGUCGAGGAGCGAGAGCGCGCAUUGCGGGCACGGGAGACAGGCGAUUGGGUGGAAGGUAGAUGCCCAGGGGGCAGCAGCGGAGCAAAACGACAGCAGCAGCAACAUGCUGCUGAAGUCCGUGCUGCAGAAAAGCGUCCGGCCGAAGAACAGCUUUCGCCGCCGAAGAAGAAGAAGAGAGGACACCCCACCAAUGCCGAAGUGGCCGAGAGGAAAAAAGCGGAGAAGGCUGCGAAGAAGGAUGCAGUGGCAGAGAAAGCUGCCAGGAAAGCAGCAAGGAGAGCAGCAGCGAGAGCUGCUAAGAAAGCUGCCAGGAGAGCGGUUGCUGCUUCUGCGGAUGCCCCGACGUCCUCCCGCCUGGUCACAAAGGAGGCAAUGAAACAGGGGGGGAAGCGGACGGCGGUGAUCCUCGAUGAUGACGAGUGUGAAGAAUCGUCCUCCUCUUCAUCAUCAUCGUCGUCGCCAUCUUCACCUUCUGCAUCAUCUGCAAGUGGGGAAGAUCAAUGUGAGGACCAUGUUGGGAGUGAAGAAGAAGGGGGCGAGGAUCAGGGGAGUGAGGAGGGUGGUGACAAAAUUGUCGAUGGAGGUGGACAGGAGUAGAUUGGGUUCGAUGAUGACGCAGUGUUUCUGCGUCGACAGCAACUACCAGGUGCGUUAUAUAUCAUCCCCACCUCACAGUGCUUUCAAAAAAAAAAAAAAAAAAAAAAAAAGGUUUCCGGACAGGACCGGACGGGGGACUGGACCUCCCCGCACAGUUCGCGGACAGAACCGCACCGGACGGACGAUGGCCCUACCGGACAGCGUCCGGCACGGUGCGGCCUUGUCUGGUACGGGUACGGGCCUGUAGGCCAGACGGGAAGGUCCCGGCCCGGACCCCGUACGGCAGACCGGACUGUGCGGCGCACGGUACGGUUGCAAGUAUGAUCAGAAUCAUACUUGCGGUGCAUCACGUGCACACGAGUUGUGCACGUGCAUGUGAUGCGGCAACACCCCAUCAAAUAGGGGUCAGUAAAAAAAUUCCAGGAGU